CGUCCUCAAGCUGCACAGAAGCCGUGGAAUUGCGAGAGUCCAUGCGUGGCAUAUCAAAAUGACAUCCAGAGCCAAGAAGCGAAUUGUCCUUCCCUCUCGUCCGGAGCCACCAAGCAUUGAGCAGAUUUUGGAGGAUGUCCGUGGGGCUGUAGCUUCUGAUCCAGUGUUUGUCAGUGACCUCAGUGAUGAGUCUUUAAUUCCUAUACACGACAUGAACAGUGAAAGGGAAAAGAAGUAUAUGCACAGUUGCUCCUAUGUUGAAAUGAACAACAAACUGAAGGAAUCUCAGGCCCUACUAAAGGCAAAAUGUGAUGCUUUAAGGUGUGCUGGUAAGACAUUGGAGGGAGUUAUCGUGAAGCUCAGAGAGGCUGCCAUGUAAGCUGAGAGGAAAGCCAACAUUGUAAUUUGCCUGAUUCACUUACGAUCUUAUCUGUUCACCAAACUUCAUGCCGCUAUUCUAGAUCUUCUGGAUCAAAAUAACUAAACCAUGUUGUUGGAAUAAUACUUCUGGACUUUUUGAAUGACAUUCUGAAACAUGCUUGCUGUUGGGAACUGGUAUUACCUUUUCCCUGCAUUAAACGGGUGCUGUGUGCACACAGUAUUUUUAUAUUGGAUAUGUGUGCAGCAUCUCACAAGUAUGACUUCUGUUUAUGGUAUUGUACAGAAGAUACAGAUGUGGCCUCUGACAUUGCCAACAUGCUGGAGCAGAAAGGUUACCAUGGCUAUAUUGAGCACCGUGAUAAGGCAGCUGGGUUACAGGCCGUUGCUGCUACCGUUGAGGUAAUCCAGUCCAGCAGGGUAUCCUUUCUUCUUAUGUCUCCUCAUUCCAUCCAAAACCCAUGGUACCAGCGGGUUUCAGAGUGGUGUAUGGUGAACUCUAUAGAUGGAAAGCCAACUAGGGUAGUGCCAAUAUAUUUUGGACUCCAAGAAGAUCAACGGCCACAAAUAGUAAGGAUUUUGACUAGUAUUAACUACAACAGUAGAUUCUUUAACAAAAAACUCCUGGAUAGUAUGAAGUUUAAGAUGUGUUGAUUACUUGGCACAUAUAUUGUAUGAUACUAUUCAGAUUGACUAUAUUUGUAUAAUGGUGAAUGGUCUUUCAUUAGUCUAACCAUGUAUGUCUAUUUAU